UCAGUUACAAUUAGACUAGUGUACGAAACAGUUUUUUUUCGGGCCUCAAUAAUGUCAAAAUUUUAGCCACAACAAUUUCUUGGACUACAUAAAAUUUUAUUAUUUUCGUUAUUUGCGGCGUCAAAAUUUAAAUAAGGCCUACAGCAUGUCUUUUAAUAGGUUUACAUCCAUUUAUGUCCGUAAGUCCGUUUUGAGAAGCAUUUUUCUGCUUACGGGCUAUUUGGAUCGAAUGCGUUUGCCGAGGACUUCGAUAAAGUUCAUGCAACGCGUGAGCUUUUGUAAAAAAUCGGAUUCUUCGGAUUCCUCUGAAGACAAGCCAAAUCCUUGUGAAUACUACACGAAAUUAAUGGAUAAAAAGCGAGAAGAAAAGGAGAAGCUAGAAGCGGCCUGCAAGAAGCUGAAAGAAAAAGAAAAACUUAAGAAAUAUGAGGAAAAAUGUAUGAAAAGUCAAAAGAAGCUUCUGGAUGACGCAAUGCAUUGUAUGGACCAGAAGGAAAAAAAAUUAAUGGAAAGUAUGAUGGAAUGUUUGACAAGAGGCAUGAAGAAGGCGUGUAAAAAACUAGCUCAUAAGAAGCUUUGCAAUGAUAAAGAACUUGAAAACAAAUUGGCAAUGAUGGCUAAAAAUGAUAAGAUCAAGAAAUUAUUGAGGCAUUGCGAGAAAAAAAAGUCUGCUGAGGAAAAGGACUCAAAAAAAUCGUCUAAAAAACCGAAGGAGCUUAAAUCAAAGAAAGGGAGGAAGGGAAGUAAGGAAGGUACCGUAAGAAAAGAUGGUAAUGGAAGCCAAAAAGAGAAAGAUCAAAGCCAGCAAAAAGAAACAUCGAAAAACAAGUCAAAAACGGAGAAGGUUAAAGAAAAAGUAAAGGAUCAAAUAAGUAAGGAAAAGUCUAAAAAACAAAACGGAGGUGAUGACUUGGAACAAAGCGAUCCAAUAGAAUCUAUAUGCUGUAAAUUGGCAAAUAAGGAGAAUCCGUUUGAUAACUCCGAUGGGCCUAAAAAUCAAUUUACUUUGAAAUUAGAGAAAUGUAUUCAAAAAGAGUGGGAAGAUAUCUGUCAGUGUCGGAAUGCACUAAGCAAUAGUGAAAAGAUGCAGCUAGCCCGAUCUCACAAAUGCAUGUCGCAGCUUGUUAAAGAGAAAUGUAGAAAGAAAGUGUUGACAGAAAUGUGCGCGGAAAGUGUAACAGUAAAGCCUAAGAAUAGAAAGGACGUACAUCCAAAGAAAACGAGUAAUGAAUCGGAAGGAACGAAUGCUGAUCAGGACGAAUGUGAAAAGAUUCAACAACGGAAGGCGUUAGAAGAAGAGGCGAUGAAAUUAAAAAACGAGGAGGAAGCUUUUAUUAAAGGUGAAAUCGAAAAAGUUAAGAAAAAGUGCAUGGAAGAGGCCCUUAAGAAACAAUGUGAAGAGGAGGCCCUUAGGAAAAAAUGUGAGGAGGAGGCUUUACGCAAAAAGUGUAAAGAGGCGGCUAAUAAGAAUCAAGAAGAGGGGGCCCAAAAUAAGAAGGAAGACGAUCCCCAAAAGAAGGAGCAAGAAGCCCAAAAGAAAAAUUGCGAGGAGGAGGCUUUAAAGAAAAAGUGCGAAGUAGAGAAAGAAGAACAGGAGAAAGAAGCUCUUAAGGCAAAGUGCGAGGAGGCAGCUCUCAGAAAAAAAUGCGCAUUGAAAAAAUACAAGACGAAGCUUUACAGAAACAACAAGAGGCCCAAAAGAAAAAGGCGGAAGAGGAUGCUCUCAGAAAAAGGUGCCAAAUGAAAAAAAUUCAAGACGCUGCUGAAAAGAAGAAACAAGAAGAGGAGGCUCAAAAGAAAAAGUGCCAA